GUUCCGGAGGGCCCGUGCCAGCAGCGCAUCCUGUGCGAGAUUGCCGCCAGUCCCGAGUACUACUUCCCGGCCAGCGAGAUCCUGCUGGCGCCGCUGGACCUCGGCGCCGGCGCUGCCAUGCUGGAGACCAACUCCCGGCUCCACCAGCUGCUCUCCGCCUCCAAGGUGGGCUUCAACAACGGCGCCCGGCAGUGCAAGAAGCUGUACCACGCCUGCCCGGUGGGUGCCGACGACGCCAUCAGCAGGUUCGGCCUCAAGAUGUGGCAGUUCCUCGCCUCCAAGCUCAGCAUCAGCUUCCAGCACUAG